UCUCUGCACUAGUCUGGAGCAUGGCGGGGUUCGCUGAGCUUGGGCUGUCGUCUUGGCUGGUGGAACAGUGUCGACAGCUGGAGUUGAAGCAGCCCACGCCGGUGCAGCUCGGGUGCAUCCCGGCCAUUCUGGAAGGUCGGGACUGCUUGGGGUGUGCAAAAACAGGAAGUGGCAAGACAGCAGCUUUUGUACUUCCCAUCCUGCAGAAGCUGUCUGAGGACCCUUACGGCAUCUUCUGCCUGGUUCUGACACCCACCAGAGAGCUGGCCUACCAGAUUGCCGAGCAGUUCCGGGUGCUGGGGAAGCCUCUGGGCCUGAAGGACUGCAUCAUCGUUGGCGGCAUGGACAUGGUGGCGCAGGCGCUGGAGCUCUCUCGGAAGCCACACGUGGUUAUCGCCACUCCUGGGCGCCUAGCUGACCACCUGCGCAGUUCCAACACUUUCAACAUGAAGAAAAUCCGAUUCCUGGUGAUGGAUGAGGCUGACAGGCUGCUGGAGCAGGGUUGCACCGACUUCACCACAGACCUGGAGACCAUCCUGGCAGCAGUUCCUGCACGCAGGCAAACGCUACUGUUCAGUGCCACGCUGACUGACACACUCAAGGAGCUACAAGGCCUGGCUACCAACCAGCCCUUCUUUUGGGAGGCACAAGCCCCGGUUCGCACAGUGGAGCAGCUUGACCAGCGCUAUCUCUUGGUGCCUGAGAAGGUGAAGGAUGCCUACCUGGUUCACCUGGUCCAGACCUUCCAGGACCAGCUGGAAGACUGUUCCAUCAUCAUCUUCACCAACACCUGCAAGACCUGCCAGAUGCUUUGUAUGAUGCUUCGGAAGUUCAGCUUCCCCACGGUGGCACUGCACUCCAUGAUGAAGCAGAAAGAGCGCUUUGCAGCCCUGGCCAAAUUCAAGUCUAGCAUCUAUCGGAUUCUUAUCGCCACUGACGUGGCCUCGAGGGGCCUGGACAUCCCCACUGUGCAGGUGGUCAUCAACCACAACACCCCUGGACUCCCCAAGAUCUACAUCCAUCGGGUCGGUCGCACAGCCCGUGCAGGGAGGCAGGGACAGGCCAUCACACUGGUGACGCAGUAUGACAUCCACCUGUUGCAUGCCAUUGAGGAGCAGAUCAAGCAGCAGCUGGCGGAGCUGGCAGUGGAGGAGGCUGAGGUCCUGCAAAUCCUCACACAGGUCAACGUGGUGCGCAGGGAGUGUGAAAUUAAACUGGAGGCUUCACAUUUUGAUGAAAAGAAGGAGAUCAACAAGCGGAAACAGAUGAUCCUGGAGGGGAAGGACCCAGACCUGGAGGCCAAGCGCAAAGCUGAGCUGGCCAAAAUCAAGCAACAGAACCGGCGCUUCAAGGAGAAAGUGGGGCAGACACUUCGGCGGCAGAAAGCAGGGAACACUGGCCGACGGUCACAUCCUUCUGGACCUCGGCCCCAAGAGCCAGCCCAAGCUGAGGCUCGGACUGAGCUGUAAACCUACUGCAAGUGGCCCGACUUCAGUAAACACUCUUUGAACCUGUCA